GAGGGAGAGCUGAGCGGAGACAUACGUUGCUGCUGCUCGGCUUCCCAGUGGACACAAGCCGAGAUGUUCCUCUUCGAAAAACGCUUCUUUUAAAAUAAAUUAACUAGAAGCACACACAGCACGGCUUGUGAACCCGACGUGUGAUGAGACAGACGGCUCUGUGCUCCCUGUGAGACCCGUAGUAACGUCUCUUUGUUCGGUUUGUCACAUCUGUCCUUCACCUCCAACAUGGAUCAUUUAGAGAAGGAGCUCAGGACGGACGACGAGGCCGAAUAUGAAGACGAAGAAGUGGACCCCAGAAUCCAGGGGGAGCUGGAGAAACUCAACCAGUCCACCGACGACAUCAACAGAUGUGAGACGGAGCUGGAGGACGCAAGACAGAAGUUCCGCUCUGUUCUGGUCGAGGCCACGGUGAAGCUGGAUGAACUGGUGAAGAAGAUCGGCAAGGCUGUGGAGGAGUCCAAGCCUUACUGGGAGGCCCGGAGGCUGGCCAGACAGGCUCAGCUGGAGGCCCAGAAAGCCACCCAGGACUUCCAGAGAGCCACCGAGGUGCUGCGGGCGGCGAAGGAGACCAUCUCCCUGGCCGAGCAGAGGCUCCUGGAGGAGGACAACCGGCAGUUUGACUCCGCCUGGCAGGAGAUGCUGAACCACGCCACCCAGCGGGUGAUGGAGGCGGAGCACACCAAGACGAGAAGCGAGCUGCUUCACAAGGAAACAGCAGCCAAAUACACGGCAGCUAUCAGCCGCAUGAAGCAGCUGGAGAAGAAACUCAAACGCACCAUCAACAAGUCCAAGCCCUACUUUGAGAUGAAGGCGAAGUACUACCUGCAGCUGGAGAACCUGAAGAAGAACGUUGACGAGCGGCAGGCCAAGCUCUCUCAGGCCAAAGGCGAGUACAAGACGGCCCUCAGGAACCUGGAGAUGAUCUCCGACGAGAUCCACGAGCGACGGCGGAACUCCGCCAUGGGCCCCCGGGGCCGCGGCGUGGGGGCCGAGGGCGACAGUGUUUCUGGGGACGACAUCUCCAGCUUUAAGAUGGAGUCAGACGGAAUAUCCAUGGCGUCUGUGUGUUUUGAUGACGAGGUUUGUGGCGGCGGCAGCAUCAUGUCGGAGGAAGAUUCUGAGACUCACUCCACCUGCAGCCUGGGUUCGUCUCCCAGCAGCCCUCAGGAGCUCCUGUCGCCGUGCCCCUUCGCCAGCUCCUCUUCCUCCUGCACGUCCUCAUCCGCCUCUCCAUCACCCACUCCCUCCUCCUCGUCCUCCCCGUCCCCUCUGUCCAGGCCCUGCAGUCUGGACCUCCCCAGCACCGUGUCGCUGUCCGACUUCGGCCUCAUCUCGCCGGUGCUCGGCCCACGCAGCGAAUGCAGCGGAGCAUCAUCACCAGAAUGUGACCUCGAGAGAGGUGACCGGGCAGAAGGUGCAGAGGGGGAUCUGGACAACGCUCCGGCCUCUAACAACAACAACAGCUCUACUUCCAGCACCAAGAAGAGCUUCAGCCUGGAGGCACGCUUCAGCUUUCUGAACCUGCGCCGCCCGCGCACCGACAACGCUAAAAACACGAACAACUGUUCCCAGAAGGCCGAGGCCGGGCAGACUGUGGUCUUGGUCAAAGGAGUCUGAGGACCAAAGAGAGAAUUUGUUGGAGGAAUUUUGACUCCUUCUGACACAAACUCUGAUAAACUGAGCUGUUUAUAAGCUACCUGCCACAACUGCACUCCAUUUAGAAACUCCACAGUCAAAGAGAGACAUUGAAUGUCAUAGUUGGUGUAUAUAUAGUUUCCUGUACAUCAUGGCAGCGUUGUUACUCCUAUUUCCUUUGUGAAGGACAUUGCACCUUUGGACUGCCUGAAAAAAUAAAAGCACACUGUUGUGUUAAAAAUGUCAGUUAAGGGUGAUGGAAGAUGAAGAUGGUUAGAAAUUAUUCUCUGUUUGUAUUUUUUAUUUGUCCAUCAAAAGCUGAGUAUGACUUUGGGAAAAGUGCUUUAUCUAUUAAAUAAUUGGUAUAACUGUUUAUUAAAAUGGAGAAUUGAUUACUGGUAAAUGGCACUUGGCAUACUGUAAACCUUGCCUAGGUGAUGGAAAGCAUUUAAAGUCACGUGGUGAUGUUCAAUAAAUUACUGGUGUCUGAACAGUCUGUUAUAUGCUUCUGUAUUUGAUAUAUGUGGAUGUUUUUCUCAAGUUAUGUCUGUAAAUGUCCAGGUUAAGGCUCUAUGGACAGUCCAAUGAUAAAAAGUAGUUUAUUUUCCACAUAAGAUGCUUAAAGUAUAAUUGUGGGUAAUUUAAUUUUUCAGCUUUUAAUGCAUAGUUUUGCCACCAUGAUGUUUAAAUUUACUUGUGUCCAGCAAAUUUACUGAUAUCUAAAGACAAAUGUGUCCUUUCAAUACAAAAACAGUCACAUUGCAGAUAAAAAUAAAUUACUUAUCACAAUAUUUAAAAAGUGACUAACUGUAAUAUGAAGCCACCUUGUUUCACUGCCCUCAGUUGUGGUUGAGGCAACAUAACUGUAGAUAGAAAAAAUAACAAUUUGUCAUACAAUUCCAAGAAAUAACAUACAUUCUUUCUGAACUUAAUGCACUGGCAUUUGGUUGCUACAGAUUUACUUUGUCUUGUAAGACCAGUAGCGUAUGCUGGCAAGCUUAAGGGAGACUUUUUGAUGGAACUUUUGAAAGGCUGAAUACAAUAUUCCUCCUUCUACAAAUUAAAAGUACAUAGUACUAAGCAAAAAUUAUAAUGUCU